ACAGUAGUUUUGAUAUAAUUAUGAUAUAAUUAACAGUAUUUGUAUAGAAAUGCAAUACAUUUACACAAUUGUGAUAUUAAAUGCCGUCCUUAGGGUUGCCUUAACCCAAACCCAAACCCAAACCCAAUCAUCCAAACCAUUGAAUGUGACAAAUAAUUGGGUAACAAAUGUCUUGACUGAAAGCACGAGGAGUCCGAGAGUUGAUCCGACGGUUGGGUUGGUGUUGACUGCGGCCAGUAUUGCCACUCCGAGAACAGUAUUGUUAACUUCUUUGCCAUCAUUUGUCACAAUAAGUCCAUCACAUGAGAGACCGACUGUCUGUCACAACGACAAGGACUGUCCCAUACAUUCCCACUGCAAUUCACUGCUCACAUGUGUUUGCGAUCAUCUAUUUUCUGGAGUUCCACCCCAUUGUCAACCAUUGAGUGGCUGUGAUUCGAGUCCGUGUCUUAAUAAUGGAUUGUGUCAUCCAUUGCCAUCUGGAAGUACCGGUAACGACAGUAUUGGCUUCUUCUGCGAAUGUGUUGAAGGCUUUCAUGGAAUCAAUUGUCAACUCUUUGACAAUAAUUGCAAACAUAAUAACGAUUGUCUGAAUGGAGGCCAGUGUUUGAACGGAGUGUGCAUUUGUGUUAACGGCUUUUCUGGCAAUUAUUGUCAAUUUGAAGAAUCUCUUUGCGAUUCCCAGCCGUGUCUUAAUGGCGGGACAUGUCUUAUGAACGACACGUCAACCAACUAUACUUGUAUUUGUUCCGAAGGCUUUGAAGGCGCUAACUGUGAAGUGGAUGUCAACGACUGUAUGCCAACUAAUCCAUGCGCUAAUGGAGGCACAUGUCAUGACCUGCCCAACAACUUCACGUGCAUCUGUCCCUCGCAAUACGCGGGUCUCACGUGUGAGCUAUUGUAUGACGCGUGCGAAAGCAGUCCGUGCGCUAAUAACGGCACGUGUACUACACAGAGACCGUCGCCACUCUAUGCGUGCACUUGUCCGCCAGGUUUCACAGGUCUCAAUUGUGAGGUAAACAUCGAUGAAUGCGCUCAAGUUGUUUGUCCGAUUGGACACAUCUGUAUCGACAAACUUAACAAUUAUGAGUGCGUUUGUCCCGAGGGCUGGGAGGGAGACAACUGCGAGCGAAACAUAGAUCAUUGCGCACCCAAUCCAUGCCAACACAAUAGUAACUGCACGUCCAUUACAAAGACAUAUUCCUGUAUCUGUGAGACCGGAUAUACAGGUGUUAAUUGCGAGACAAAUAUCGAUGAAUGCGCCGCUAAUCCAUGCGUUAAUGGCAUUUGCAAGGAUUUGGUCGGUGACUACCAGUGCUACUGUACCCCCGGAUUCACUGGCCAUCGGUGUCACAUAGACAUCGAUGAGUGCCUUUCCCACCCGUGCCUUAACGGUGGCACAUGUAAUAACCUCGUGGCCAAAUUCUCGUGCGACUGUCGCGCCGGAUAUAGCGGUGAUCAGUGCCAGAUCGACAUCAAUGAGUGCUUAUCCAAUCCAUGCGAAAACGGCGCCAUUUGUCACGACAUGAUCGGCGGCUUUCAAUGCAAUUGUUCGCAAGGGUUUGAAGGCCAACGCUGUGACAACGAUAUCGAUGAGUGCACUCCACAGCCGUGUCUUAAUGGCGGCAAAUGUCAUAAUCUAAUCGCACACUUUUCCUGCGAAUGUCCGCACGGUUUCAACGGUAGUAAUUGUCAGAAUGACAUAAACGAGUGCCUUUCAGAUCCAUGUAAAAACGGUGCCACUUGUGUGGACCAAAUCGGGUCAUUCCGCUGCCAAUGUGUGCCCGGUUUUGAAGGAAACAAAUGUGAAAUUGAUAUCAACGAGUGUUCAACCAAUCCAUGCCUGAAUGGCGGCCAAUGCGUUGAUUUGAUCAAUGAUUACGAAUGCAAUUGUAAUCACACGGGCUUUGAGGGCAGGAAUUGCGAGACAAAUAUCAACGAAUGUCUGAGCGAUCCGUGCAGUAAAGGGGCCAAAAUGUGCGAAGACAUUGUCCUCAACUAUACGUGUCAUUGCUUUAAGGGAUUCACUGGAAGACACUGUGAGAUCGAUAUCGACGAAUGCAGUUCUUCUCCGUGUCUGAACGGCGGCACGUGUUUUGAGAAAAGUCAUCAGCACUUAAUCAAUAAGUUCUCCGAAAGCCUUAUUCGCGAUCAAUACUUGAAUUUCUCGCAAAUGGCCGGAUAUUUAUGUCAGUGUCCGUCGGGUUUCGAAGGCGUCAACUGCGAGCUCAACAUCAAUGACUGCGAACACCAUUCCUGUAUGAAUAACGGCACCUGUAUUGACGAAAUCAACUCCUAUUCCUGUCUUUGUUUGACCGGAUUUGACGGCAAAAUAUGUCAAUACAUGACCGAUCCAUGUGUACUGAAUCCGUGCGAAAACGGGGCCACUUGCAUAAAGAUCACGAACGAGACAUAUCAGUGCAAGUGUCCGAUCGGUUUCACGGGCGGGAAGUGUCAUAACAUCCGUUCGUGUCAUUCCGAGUGUCACAAAGACUUCUCGCAUUGUGUGAACGAAGACAUCUGCGCCUGUCUUCCUAACCAUCAUUCCAAUCACGCCUAUUGUGAUGCCAUCAGUGACUGCAGUAUUCCCAACCUGUGUCGCAAUGGCGGCACCUGUCAUAUCAACGACAACAGGGAUGGCUAUUAUUGCCAAUGCCCUCAAGACUUCACUGGACUCAUCUGCGACGAAAAGGUAACAUUCAAAAUGUUUCACGUA